AUGGGACAAUCUUCCUCUACGCAUCAACGCCACAACAGUCCUUCGAACCGUCUGUCAUUCAUACACCGUGGUCAUCGCGAUAGGGAUAGGGACAGGGAUAUGAACAACGAUCACAACUUGGAGCAAAACGGGGUGUUUAGGCCCCAACGAGGGGCGGAUAAUGGCGAUAUGCUACCGGAUCAAGCCAGCUCAGGCGGGGAGACAUGGCGACCGGCCGAGGAGCAAUCGAGCGGUAUAGGACAUAUGGGAAGCAUUCAAGAAGAAAAUGGGCCACAAUAUGAACCAACUCAGCGGGAGUAUCGGUCUGCGAUCUUCGCCCGCAUGGCAGCAAGAAGGCAAUCCACGAUGUCAAGGCUGGGAUCCAGAAUUCUGCCAAACUCAGUUAUUCGUGGCCUUCUUAGCAGCGAAGAAGAAACCCCUGCCGAGGGCCACGCUCAUCGACACGGAAUCGUAUCAAGGUCGAUACCAAGAUCAGAAGUCGCUCAUAGCAGCAGUCGUUUUAGUCCGUUUAGCUCGCUUAGCUCAAGAGGUAUCUCUCGACGACGCUCUGCCCGUGGUCCCUAUUUCAUUCCACGUAGUGAUCCGGGACUGCUUUCGGAUGCUCCCCACUCUCCUACUUUUUUCGACCCUACCUCAGAUCAUACACUGGAGACAACUAGAAGUUCUUGGCGUCGAAGUGCUCGGUUGCAUCGCGUUAGAAAUUCAAUUUCGGGUCCGAUCACGCAGAUGUUCGGCCAACCGUCUACAAACAUGUCUGAUCAGAACAUCGGAGAUAUACGCCAUUCGAUGGGGCCAAUACCUGACGACACUCCAGGUACAUUCCUCCCUCCACCAGGGCCAAUGACUAGUCAGAUGGACUUUGAUGAACCCCAUGAACUCGAUUCCGUGGAGCCUGCUAUAGGACACACCCGCCCCGUCUCUCCCAUGUCUUUGCAGUCUGGACAAAGCCCAACUGGCUUGCGGCACUUCCCAAAUCUGUUGCGAGCACGCCCAUCUAGAGUUUUGCGGCGGGAGGAGCAGACACCGCUCUCGCGUGUCCUUCAACUGGCGGCUGCUGCCAUUGCUGCCCAACUUUCUGGCACAACUGGCCCUGUAAUGCCUAAUAUUCAAGCCCUUGGCAACGAAGGUCUCGAUAAUUCGUUAGAAAACUUUAUACAGAGUUUACAACACGCUACCUCCGCGCAGGCAGCAGGUGAUAGCCAAGCCGCUUCUGGGGAGAACGGAGCGCCAACUCCGGUCAAUUUCUUACGAGUGUUCCGAUUUGCAAAUUCAGAUGGCGUAAGACCCUCAGCAACUUCAAAUCGAUCUGCAACAGCCACGAAUGCUCCAGAGAGUGGCGCAGAUGGGAUGGAUGUUGAGAACCCCACGGAUGGACCUGAAGGACGUACUGUUACCCUGGUUGUUGUGGGAGUAAGGUCUGUCCCGUCAGGUAAUAGUCCCGGCAAUGACCAGCAGAAUCCAGGCCCUGGACCCGGCUUGGAUACGUUGCUCCGUCUACCGUUCUUGUCACCAGGAAGUCUACCACGGAAUCCAGACAACGGUCCUAACCUCACAGCACGCGCUGAAGGACGACCAAGAUUUAUACCUAGUCGGCAUCAAACUGGAGGUCCUAGUACUACGCAUAAUAAUGAAGAUAUUCCCCUGCAAGUCGGACAUCGGAGUCCGUCAAGGAGGCUAUCUGAUACUGGGAGUCGUGGUCCCCUCUCAUCUCUCCCUUCCAUUGUCUCUGAAAGCCCUCCUGGCCCUCACCCUCCACCAUCGACGCCUGCUGACCCCGGGCUUUCAGCCGUGUCGUCGGGUGCUUCAACUCCAAGCCGAAGAACAUCUUCUGCAUCGGUGAGGUCCCCAAGCACCUUGCCGCAACUGAACGAACACCGGACUAUGCAGCCUCCAGCUGAACCUGCUGAUGGUAACACUCCAUUCAACGUAUCCCGUCAACGACGUCGUAGUGAUUCUGAGUAUGUCCGCCAUCGUGACCUAGGCGCUGGUGCGGUCAGGCGCAAUGGUGUUGUCGAACCAGACAAUGCUCCCUCUCCUGCAGGUAGAAGCUGGUUGAUCUAUGUCGUGGGAACAAACCUUUCCGAAAAUCACCCUGCGUUUGCGACACCAAGUCUCUUCACCGAUAACCCAACGUAUGAAGACAUGAUUCUACUCUCGUCUCUCCUUGGUCCAGUGAAGCCUCCGGUUGCCACGCAGGAGGACCUCACUUCGGCGGGUGGAGUAUACCGUAUUGUAGAAUAUAGUAGCUCUCUUGUUGCGGAAGCCCUGGAUGGUGCUGGCGCCAUUCAAAUUCCCGACGGGGAUCGAUGCCUGAUCUGUCUUAGCGAUUACGAAGCUGCUGAAGAGCUCCGGCAAUUGACCAAAUGUGCGCAUGUGUUCCACCGAGAUUGCAUAGAUCAGUGGUUGACAACUGGUCGCAACUCUUGCCCUCUAUGCAGAGGUCAGGGCGUAGCCGAGACAUCGAAUGCAGAUCACACCCCAGAAAACACGUCAUCUGCUUGA